AUGACAGCGAGCAAGACAAUCAACGCGCAAAAGCACAAGAAAUUCGCCAGUAACAACAAGUAUUCAGGGCGAACGCACAGCAGCUCGACGGACGGACGUCGGCAGCGUGCCAGGAACGCUAUAACACCUAUACAAGCAGCUAUGAUGCAGACGCAGCCUCUACCUACUUGCGAUGAGUACGAUCCGCUGGACGCACACUUGGACGAGCUGGAGGAACCCGGCGCCAAUUUCCUGCAAGACUUUAUCGUGGCUCCGCAGAGCGACACGCCGCUCAGCAACUCGAAUGGAUAUACAUCCGAAGAAUCAGAUUACUCGGUAGUGACCCCGUCCGAUGAGCAGAACUACCAGGACAUGUCGUUCCUGCAAGCUGCCAACACCAGCGAGCUCGUAGACGUGGUGGGCGACCUGAGUACAGGCGACUUAACCACCGUAGCCCCUCAGCAACAGCAGAAGUUUGCAGGAAAAGUCAUCAAGGGGAAAACCUCCAAGUAUCGCGGUGUAACACAGACAAGCAAGACCUCAUGGGGCGCAAAGUACAGCGCGAAACGCAUCACUAACACGUGCAAGACUCCCGAGGAGGCUGCUCACGCAUAUGACGAGUAUUUGAAGGUCAAUUAUCCGCAAAAGUUCGCCAAGUUCGCCAAUUUUUGCGAUAAAUGCGGCAACUUUGUGAACCCGCUGGGCCUGCCACAGUUUCAGAGCGAAUGCGCGUGCUCCAUGAGCUCCCCCACGGGCUCCACCACGCUCUCACCCAAGAAGGAAAUCUUCGACCGACAGCAGAUCGCAACCCCCACAGCUACGCCGUCGCUGGCUCCUACCACCGCCCCGUCUCCCGCUGCAGGACCUUCAACCAUAUCUUCAAAUUCGAUGUUGAACAUGAUGGGGACUUCCAGCCACAUCUUGGACUUGAAUCCUGCUGAAGAAGAGAACCAAAAUGUCCUUCGCUCCAGCAAUUUGUCGGUGGGGUCGCUCAAAUUCAGUUUUUCAGAGGACACGGAGCAGUUUUUCGCCGAAUCUUUCAACGAUGUGGCCAAAAUGUCGUCCGAACUGGACGGCACUGCUCUGGUGGACGAACAACAGCAGCAACAGGACCAAAAGCGGGACAGUUUGCCGAUUGCAGUCAUCAGCUCGGCUGUGGACUCGUUCACUCAGGAAGACAAUCUGGAUCAGAUUAUCAAGGACAUUAACCGCUCUUCAUCUUCUCAUUCCUUGCUGAAGGGAAUCACAGCGGACGAACGGAUGGGUAAUGGCAGCAAUGAUAGCUUUGCAGCCAGUGGAAGCACCAGCAGUGGCGGGAAGUUGAGUAAUUUUAACGGCAUGGGGAGAGUCCAGAUCGAACCCACGACGACCAACUCGUUGGACUUUGAUGUGGAUGAACUGGACGAACUGACGAAAUAUUUUUUGUCGGAGAACGACGCUGCUAUUGUUGUGCAGCGAGAGAUGCAGGCGAACCCGGUUCUUAUGCAGCAGAAUCCUCCAAUGAUGACGCAGAACCCGCAGUUCAAGAAGAUUCACAGUCUUGACUUUGAUUCGGACCACACUAUGACGGGUAGUUCGUCUCGUAGUGGCAUUGUCAUGAGCGAAGUGAAGCUUAAAGACACGGAGAUGGCGGACCCGUUCUUGACGCCUUCAGUGUCUGCGAACCCUGGCAUGAUUGUACCUCCAGGAUCACCAGCACCCGCGAUCAUCGAGAUUCGGACUCAGUUUCUCGAGAAAUACUGGCGUAACGACCGCAAGAAUAUCCAGUGCUUCCCGUAUUGUCCAGAACAUGGUGACUAUUAUCGUGUACGUAUUGAGAACCUGCAGCACCGAUGCAAGGGAGUUUGUCGUGCUCCUGUGAAGGCUCACGUGUCCAUUCCGGCGCCUGCUGGUUCGUCUGUCGUGCAAUCUGGCUUAUUGCUACUGGCACGCUGCAACAGUACGUUUUCUCGCAACAUGACACUGACAGAGCAGCAGCUGCUGACUCUACCGGAGAUGAAGUCCCUUCAAGGAGUCAGUGCCGUCGGUGUAGUGGACAAUUUCGCUGCUCUUGCCUCUGGAGGUGUUCAAUUCGACGUGACUUUUCACCCAGAUGUGUGGAAAUUCGAGUUCGACCUACCGAAGAAGCGUCGUCACGUGCAGAGUUCGAGUCCAGCUGUGUCGACGCAUGGCGCUGAUGAUGGUGUAGACCCGAUGACAGCAGAGUUUCUCUAUUUCUUCGAGAUUGACGUGUUUUACUCGCGUGAAAAGACGAUGUUCGAGCGUCUGGGCCAUACAGAGUCUAUGAACUUCCAGAUUGGCAACACUCGCACAUUGUUACGACAACGCAACAAGAUGGUGGAAGAGAUUAACACCAGUGGAGGACCGCAGGUACGUGCGGGUCAGAACGAUAAUGACAAGUUAGCAGAUGCUGAUGAAUUACCGGAGAAGAAGAGGGUCAAGGUGAACAAGGGACGACACGAGAUGUUGUCGGGCACGUCGUUUAGCGAGGACGGUCUCAGUAGUCGUGGACCCAGCGGCAGCAAACUGUCGAUUGGGUACAUCACUGGUGAGGGCAUUUCGUCGGCGUCCAAGAAGAACUUGCUGGAAGACAAGAGCGCGCCUAUGGAUGUCGAUGGAUACUUCCGAUCGGACUCCAAGGACUCGCUAUUUGACCGCGAAGCAGGCUCGUCAGAUCUCCCGAAAGUCAAGGCUGAUGUGUGGAAGGAUGUGGACGGCGACAGUGAUGACAUGCAGCAGGCUGCUACCUCCGACUACCGUCCGUACGUCUCACCGAAGCAGAAGAGUGGCAAGCUGCAGACUGCGGAAUCUCCAGUGGCGACAGCCAUCCCGGUCAAGCUCAACAUACACGCUCGACCUGCUAUCCCUGCAUCAUCAUCGUCAAAUGAAACGCACAGUCUGCCGAAGCUCCUGGCGUACUCUUUUGUCUGCGUACCGCUGUCUGUUCUCUUCAUUCCAGUGGGCAUUCUGCUGCUCCUUGGGCUCUUAGUGGUGCCGCCCGCUGCUUCGAGUAUCGUCGGUGCACUGGACGCUAUGUCGGACAUGGAGCUGUCUCGUGCGAACAGUAGCUGCAUUUCUAGAGAUCAGCGCAUGGUGCUGAAUCGUCUGGUUGAAGAGAACGUUGACUCAUCUGGGAAGCCAAAGGGAGGUAUGUUCCGCUAUCACAGCAAGGGCGAAGUGUGGGGUAGGAUCUUCUACUAUAGCGGCGCCAAGUUCGUGGUUUCUAUGGUGUCUUUGAUGCCGGCGUUUGUAUUGGCAUUAUUUGCUGGUCUUCUCUAUCCCAUUCGUCCCGUGUCUGCUGCCGUUGCAAAUGCUGCGUGUAGCUGUGCGCUCUGGUCAAGAGAGUACACACGUGAAACUACGGGCAAACCUUUAGCAGGAGCUACGCAGUUCGACGACGUUGUAUGA